AUGACUCUGGAGAAGGUAGUUAUCCCCCCUGCUCCCAGCACCAGGAAUAACAUUGUUACAAACUUGCUGUUCGCUGAGAAGAAAAUCCCAAACUUGCUGAUCGCUGAGAAGAAAAUCCCAAACUUGCUGAUCGCUGAAAGGAAAGUCCAUUUGUCGAUCAAGCCGGCACGCCAGGUUGCCAGUUCCCACUGUAGAUCUGAACAAAAAAACUCGGAGUUAGUUCAUAAAAACAUACAUAACAAGAACAGUUCAGCUGCAGGAACAGUACACAACAACCAGCUGCUUCGUUCUCACAAGUCUGAUACUCAAAUCUUGGUCCGUGAAGCCAGGCAGGCCACGACACCCACGGCUGUAGUUGUCGUCAAAACAAGUCAUAUACAGUCAGCCCAUUGUCCGUAUACAUGUCCCCGGAACAAACGGCACGAAAUCCCGCCUCCAAUGCCACGAUCCGGUGGCCAGUCGUCCCGUUCGUCAGCCAUUAAACGGGCAGAGACAAAAGAGCCGAACUCUGACGGGAAUAGUCGAAUCCUGCAGACAGAAACUAGUCUGUCUGGUGUGGACGUGGAGUCAUCAGUCAAAGGGCGUCAGACACGUUCGGCUGAUGGUCGACCUAGGAAGAGUACCACCUCGUGUUCUUUCUUUUACUUUAUUCGUCGGAAAAAGGAGAAAAGUAGCAGAUCAUCUUCUCCAGACAUCAAAGACAAGAAGUCGAAUCCACAGAACAAUCGUGCCCGGUGGAGCAUUUCAUGUUCUUCAGCACAGUCUGAGAAAAAAUCCGAACGCACACCUUCACCGUCCCACAAGAAUCGCAGACCAUCAGGACAGUCUCAGGUUUCCUCUAGACUUCCGCUGACCCCAUUAUCCUCGAACCCAUCCCUUUCAAUCACCUCCCCAAGCGUUCCAUUAUUAGAUUCAACUUCGUCUCCAGUGUCAAAGAAGCGCCCACAGUACACAUCAAGAUCCCGACCCAAGCACCGACGUGAUCGUCGUCGCCACCGCACUAGUAAACGUGCUUCCCAAACUCAACCUGAAGACAGUCUGAAACUAGAAGACCUUCCCCCACACCCUUCUUUGUUCAGGAAAACAAUCGUGACAAUCUCCAGCGAACCAGACACCGAAUACUUAAUCCCCAGGGCAAGCAGCAACAGAACUGACAACAGUCACGAAAACAGUAGCAGUAAAAUCACCUGCACCAAUUCUGACGCCAAUUCACGAUCAAGGAAGAAUUCAAAAGCCGAGUCCUCCGUUGUCGUCAAAAGUGUAGCCACAACAAGUUCUGGCUCUGGUCCCAGAAAAGAGUCACAGAAAGAAGAGUCUAGGCAGAACCUGAAGCUGAAAUCCCAGCACAGUGCCAGUAAAACUGACAUUGAAGAGGACUCGCAUUGUUUGACAACGUCUAGCAGCGAAGCGCACUCCAACAAGUUUCGGUCGCAUUCUCUACCCAGCUUGCGGGGCGAUCACUAUCAGACUGACGUGGACACCAGGGUAAUAACUGACGCUGAAGACUUCGAGUUCAACCCCUCAGACAUGCUAGGUCCUCUGAAUCUUUCACUGUGUGGCUGCGGGUUUUUGGGGAUGUACCACUUGGGUGCCAUCUCCGUUCUGACCCUGAGAGGACCCACGUUCGUUGACCGUCUGGAGAAGAUAGCUGGUGCUUCGGCAGGAGCGCUGAUGGCGGCCGUGCUGGUGACGGCACCAGAUAAGAUAGAGGAGUCUGCAGAGCACAUACACAACCUGGCUAAAGAGAUCCGGAAGAAGCCCUUGGGUGCCUUGACUCCUGGCUACAACUUCACUCGCAGUCUUCGGUACAUGGUGGAGGACAUCCUGCCCGAAGAUGCCCAUGAGGUUGCCAAGGGGAAGUUGUUUGUGUCACUGACCAACGCCGAAACCAAGGAGAAUGAGCUGAUGUCAGACUUUGAAUCCAGAGAUGAGCUGAUUGAUGCCCUGGUAGCAAGUUGCUACAUUCCAGUCUAUGCAGGAAUCAAGCUGCCCAUGCUUCGAGGACAAAAAUAUAUUGAUGGCGGCCUGUCUGACAAUUUGCCCAAGUUUGAUACAGGCAGGACUAUUACUGUGUCCCCUUUUGAUGGCAAGUCUGAUAUUGGGCCCAGAGUUGGUCAAGAGAUCGAGAAGAAGGCCCAUUUCAUCAAUGUCCACAAUCAAGAUAUACAGGUGAAUUUGAAUAAUAUCAAGAAAGGCGUCCAUGCUUUCUUUCCUCCCAAACGUCAGAUGCUGCAGGAAUACUUUGAGAGAGGUCGCCGUGACGCCAGCCGUUUCCUGAUCCGAGAGGGACUUUACGAGGUGACACUGACUUCCCAGACUAAAGCUGUGCUGUAUGAGUCGUCUGUGUAG